AUGGACGCAUCAGAAUCGGCGGAAGCUGCAUCACUUUUAUCUGGCAGAGAGGACGAUACUCAGCAGGCAUCAAAGAAACGACCGCUGGAGGACGUCGACAUACAGAGCAGUGGAUCACCACAGUCUCACCAGGCCGAAUCCCCGGAGCCUGAAGCCAAGAGGGCGAAGACAGAAGCCCUCGACAAACAGUGCGCACAGAACGACACAAAAAGCUCGGAGAGCGCUGAGGAAGGCGAGCUAGAAGAGGACGGAGAGGUCAAAUCGUCCGAAUCCGAAUCCGAAUCCCAGGAGAUGGCCGGCUCACAGAGUGACCGAAGUCGCGCAUCACGCGCCCGCUCCAAAGCCUCGGCUGCAAGCGAAGAGUCGGAUGCUGGCGUCAGACGGACGACACGUUCUAUGUCGGCGGCCGCAAAUGGCCCUGCCCAUACUGGAUGGAACCAAGGCAUAACGUCCCAGAUUCGGACCUCGUUGGGCGGGUCGAAGGCCAAGGUAGCACUGGCGCCAGCCAAGGAGGCGGCGAUAUCAGAGGAGGCAACAUCUGAGCCUGUGCCUGCCGCCGCCGAAUCUGAGCAGAUCCAACCAGCCAAAAAGGAGGGCAAACUCACACGAAAGGAGCAACAACAACAACAACAACAACAACGGGCUGAAGCUGCCGCUUUAAAAAAGCAAAAGGCCCAAGAACAGCAGAAAAACACCUUCGUCUACGCACCUGGCCUCACUUUCUUGCAACCCAACAAGAAGACGAUUCUGCAGCCCAAGGGUAACAAUCUGGGCAAGACCGUCUGGAAGUCCAAGUUCAAGAGCUGGUGCCAAUCCUUCGUCAGUCGGAACACUGAGCAAAGCAGCCUUAUUACUGCCGACAUCGUCGUGGCUGCUCUUCAGGACUAUAUUGCGACGCGCGCGCAUUGGUCCAAAAGGAAGCACACCACGGCCGCGACCGCUGAGGCUCGCACGCCCGAGAUGAAAAACGAAAUUGCAGUCUACCUGGCGACGAUCCUCAAGGACGACAGCCUUUUGCCUGGCUCCGAAGAGUCGCCUAUGGUCAUCGAUGACAACGACGACGAAGCCGACAACAGUGUUCAAGAGAUCUCACGUCCUGCUGGCGAUAUCGCAUCAGCUGCGCCGGAAACGCAAGGCGAACAAGACUCGACCGCUGAAGAUCCGGACCAGUCUUACAAGGACGACACAGGUGCCUCGAUGGAAGUCGAGCAGACGGAGCCGGGACCACCCGUCAUGACGGAGGAGGAGGAUUUGGCGCAGCAGCGCAAGUACUUCCCAGGCCUGCCAGAAUCUGUUGAGAUUUGCGUCUACUGCGCAUCCGUCGGCCACAACUCGGCCGCUUGUUCCAAGACGGCCUGCAAAUUCUGCCAACAACCCAACCAUUUCUCCUGGAACUGCCCGACGCGCGAGAGGUGUACUAAGUGCCGCCAAUUGGGCCACGGCAAGGCGCAGUGCACCGAGAAGCUCGUCCACCUCGACGAAGAGGGCAUGGAGUGUGCCAUGUGCAGCGCACAGGACCACCUUGAAGACGAGUGCGAGGCCCUUUGGCGGUCUUACAAGCCCCAGAACGGGGUGAUCAAGAAGGUCAAGGUCUUCCCUGCAUUCUGCGCCUCUUGUGGCGCCGAGGGCCACUACUCUUCCGACUGCGCGCUCCGUGGCGACAGGCCUCGCAACCACACGUGGUCACUCAAGAACCGAAGCCUUUACGUUGACAAGAACGCAUUGGAAGGACCGAUCAGUAACUUUGCUAGUCAGCCCCAGAACCCCAAGUUCCCCCUCCAAAUCAAGGGUUCUGCAGCCAAGCGCAACCACAUCUUCUACCCCGAUAGCGACGGAUCGGAAGAGGGGGAGUUCAUCGGUCAGAAGGUGAAGCCGCGCGCACCGCUAGGUAACAUUCAGCUGUCUACCAACCUCCAGAUCAACACGGGCAACUUUGGAGCGCCGCCGCAGACGCAGCAGAACGGGCGCGGCCAGCAGCGUGGUGGGUGGUCGACGCAGCCUCCUUUACCUCCUGGACCUCCGCCUCCUGGCCCGCCACCCGGCUCGUACUCGCGAAUGUCAAGGAGCUUCAAUAACCAGUCGCGCCCACCCCCUCCGAACGGUGGUGGUGUUCGCGGCGGCGGGUUACCCCCAAAACCCCCAGCGCCGCAGUCGCAACAGCACGGCUACCAUAACGUGGGCCCACCGUCUAGACCGAAUCCGCCAAAGAAGCAGAGAAACCAGUCCGGUAGCUCCCAUGCGGGAUCCUCGCAGCAGCAGCAGCAGCAGCAGCAGAAUGGUGGAGGUACAGCACCCCGCCGCAGGGGCAAGGCCAGACGUGGUGGGAAGCAGGGAUGA